AUGGAGCCCUGUGAGGACAGAGGAGAGGACGUCACCCCCUCUAAAGGCGCUCUGUGUGAGGAAGGGUCCAUCAAACUGCACACUGUGCUGAACAUGAACCCAGAUGUGAGUCCAGGAAGAGUGUCUGGUCUAUGGAUCGUCCCGUUUUCUUUAAAAAUGAUGAAAGGACGAAAUGCAAAGAAGCGGAACUCAAUGAUGCAAGGAGUGAAUGGUCUAUGGAUCGUCCUGUAUUCUUCAAAUGUAAAUGUGACUGCAAUGAUCAAAGGAGGAAGCCCGGAGAACCUAAACCCAAGUAUGCUAAAAGUGACUGGUCUAUGGAUCGUCCUGUAUUCUUCAAAGGGGAACUCGACUUCGGUUAUCAAAGUCUCCCAGCAGCAUCAAACACACCUGGACUCCAUAUUUGAGCCGCUGGAGGAGAAAAUUGUCACUUUUGUGAAAAAGGAGUUGAAGAACAUCAAGAAAGAUCUGGAUCCAGAUUCCCAAAAAUGCACCGAGAGUCAGAGGGCGGAUGAGGAGAUGUUAGACUGGGGGGAUGAGGAGGAGAGGAAGAGCAGUAGAGAAGCUGUUCUGAAGAUCAUGCAGCACUUCCUUAGGAGAAUGAACCACAAAGAGCUGGCUGACUGUCUCCAGAGAAAACAUCCUGUUCCGGUUUAUCAGCAUAAACUAAGAAAUAACUUGAAGAAGAAGUUCGAUUCUGUUUUUGAGGGGAUUGCUAAAGCAGGAAACCGGACCCUUCUGAAUCAGAUCUACACCGAGCUUUACAUCACAGAGGGGGGGGAUGGAAAGGUCAAUAAUGAACAUGAGGUCCGACAGAUCGAAGCAGCAUCCAGGAAACUGAUUGGACCAGAAACAACCAUCAGAUGUGAGAACAUCUUCAAAGCCUCACCUGAAAGAGAUGAACCAAUCAGAACAGUGAUGACAAAGGGAGUGGCUGGAAUUGGGAAAACCGUCUUAACACAGAAGUUCACUCUGGACUGGGCUGAAGACAAAGCCAAUGAGGACAUACAGUUCACCUUUCCAUUCACUUUCAGAGAGCUGAAUAUGCUGAAGAAGAAGUUCAGCUUGGUGGAACUUGUUCAUCACUUCUUCCCUGAAACCAAAGAGGCAGGAAUCUGCAGGUUUGAAAAGUUUAAUGUGGUGUUCAUCUUUGACGGUCUGGAUGAGUGUCGACCUCCUCUGGACUUUCACAACAUUGAGAUCCUGACUGAUGUCACACAGUCUACCUCAGUGGAUGUGCUGCUGACCAACCUCAUCAGGGGAAACCUGCUUCCCUCUGCUCGCCUCUGGAUAACCACACGACCUGCAGCUACCAAUCAAAUCCCUCCUGAGUAUGUUGGCAUGGUGACAGAGGUCAGGGGCUUCACUGACCCACAGAAGGAGGAGUAUUUCCGGAAAAGAUUUGAAAAGAAGGAUCAGGCCAACAAAAUCAUCUCCCACAUCAAGACAUCCCGAAGCCUCCACAUCAUGUGCCACAUCCCAAUCUUUUGCUGGAUCACUGCUACAGUUCUGGAUGUGUUGAAAACCACAGAAGUUCAAAAGCUGCCCAAGACCUUGACUGAGAUGUACAUCCACUUCCUGGUGGUUCAGACCAAGCGGAAGAAGAAGAAGUAUGAUGGAGGAGAUGAGACUGAUCCACACUGGAGUCCCGAUAGCAGGAAGAUGAUCGAGUCCCUCGGAAAACUGGCUUUUGAGCAGCUGUUGAGAGACAACCUGAUCUUCUAUGAAUCAGACCUGACAGAGUGUGGCAUCGAUAUCAAACAAGCCUCAUGGUACUCAGGAGUGUUCACACAGAUCUUUAUAGAGCAAAGCGGACUGUACCAGGACAAGGUGUACUGCUUCAUCCACUUGACCGUUCAAGAGUUUCUGGCUUCUCUCUAUGUCCAUCUGACUGUCACCAACUCUGGAGUCAAUCUGAUGUCAGAAGAACAAGAAACUUUCCAAAAGUCUACCACAACAGAAGACCACUCUCCAAAGGCACACCUCUACCAGUGCGCUGUGGACAAGGCUUUAAAGAGUCCAAAUGGACACCUGGACCUGUUUCUCCGUUUCCUCCUGGGUCUUUCACUGCAGACAAACCAGACUCUCCUGCGCGGCCUGCUGACACAGACAGAAAGAAGCAAUGAGACCAAUCAAGAAACAGUCCUGUACAUAAAGAAGAAGAUCAGUGAGAAUCAGUCUGCAGAGAAAAGCAUCAAUCUGUUCCACUGUCUGAAUGAACUGAAUGAUCGUUCUCUGGUGGAGGAGAUCCAACAGGCCCUCAAAUCAGGAAGUCUCUCCACAGACAAACUGUCUCCUUCUCAGUGGUCCGCUCUGGUCUUCAUCUUACUGUCAUCAGAGAAAGACAUGAACAUGUUUGAUCUGAAGAAAUACUCUGAUUCAGAAGAGGCUCUCUUGAGGCUGCUGCCAGUGGUCAAAGCCUCCAACAAAGCCCUGCUGGGCGGCUGUAACCUCUCAGAGAGAAGCUGUGAAUCUCUGUCCUCAGUUCUCAGCUGUCAGUCCUCUAAUCUCAGAGAGCUCGACCUGAGUAACAACCACCUGCAGGAUUCAGGAGUGAAGAAGUUAUCUGCCGGACUCAAGAGUCCAAACUGCGUGCUUGAAACUCUAAGUCUGUCCGGCUGUCUGAUCACAGAGGAAGGCUGUGCUUCUCUGUUAUCAGCUCUGACCUCCAACCCCUCUCACCUGAGAGAGCUGGACCUGAGCUACAACAAUCCAGGAGAUUCAGGAGUGAAGCUGCUGGAGGAUUCUCCCUGGAGACCAGAAACUCUCAGGGUGGAUCCUGCGGGAGUGCGAUGGUUGAAACGAGGUCUGCGGAAGUAUUCCUGUAAACUGACAUUCGAUCCAAACACGAUGAGCAGAGAGCUCAAACUGUGCGACAACAACAGGAGGCUGAUCCACAUGCAGGAAGAGCAGUCGUAUCCCGAUCACCCCGACAGGUUUGACUUCUGUCCUCAGCUGCUGUGCAAGGAGGGUUUGAGCGGUCGCUGUUACUGGGAGGUGGAGUGGAAAGGACAGGUGGACGUGUCUGUGUCUUACAAAGGGAUCAGCAGGAGAGGACACAGAAACGACUGUGAGUUUGGAUGGAACGACCAGUCCUGGAGUCUGGAGUGCUCCGACAGUGGUUACACAGUGUGGUACAACAACGUCGGAGCAUCAAUCACCCCGUCCUCCAUCUCCUCCGUCUCUGACAGAGUAGGAGUGUACGUGGACUACUCUGCCGGCAGCCUGUCCUUCUACAGCGUCUCCUCCGACUCGCUGAGUCACAUCCACACCUUCUACAACACCUUCACUGAGCUGCUCUACCCUGGAUUCGGGUUCUGGUCUGACCUGCCAGACUCGUCAGUGUCUCUGUGUCCUCUGCUGGAGGAAGACACACCUGAGGACAAGACUGUCUCCCCACUCCCCUCAUAGGUCAUACACAGGCUGUAAGCUAACACCAUCCGUUCCUUUGUUGUUUCCACAGCCCUUGUCCCCUUUCCUUUUCUACUAAAGACUCCUUUGUUAACAACUGUGAACUGCCUCGUGGUCAGUAGUGAAUCUAAAUGUGAAAAUAUUCACAGGAAGAACAUGAUGAAUCUGAUGUGUGGAGAAAAGAGGGCAUGUGGCAUUUAUUAUUGAUCAUAGUAUUACAGUACAAACCUUUCUGUACUUCAAUAUCAAGCUGCAAUAGAGGGUAUUUCAAAUGACUGACUUAUAUAAAAAGUGCACUAAUUCUACUUAAAGAGUAACUAAACCCUAAAACCACUUUUUUCAACUAUAAACCUCUGUAUUUGAGUAGUGUUAUGGAUCAAUUCAAGUCCAAAUCUCGACAUUUGAGUACAAAGUAUUGAAAUUCAAAAUAUUGUGUUAGAUAUGUGCAGAGUGUUUGCCCUUCCGUUUGAAAAACUCUAACGGCUGUGUGGAGUACAGUAUUACGUAGGAGUGAAUGCCUACGUCACCAAACCUAUAAAAGCCUCGUGACUGAUUUCUCCUGCUUAUUCUGCUCCGGUCCCCGGCAUCAUAACGUGCCUCUCGCACACACCUGCCGAACACACACAAUCGCCUCGUUCUCUCUCUCUACUCACUUGCUCCCCCCACCCACACACAUGCACACUGAGCCAUUCACAGACAGACAUACCCUGCUCGUAUAACAGUGGUUAUUUGUCUAAAAUUUAAAAGCCGUAAAUCCUCCAGGGGGCCUCGUGUACCAUUCAGAAACGUCCCCCAUCCUCUCCUGCACCUCACUGUCCUCGUCAUCAGCUGUCUCUGCUCUCGCUGCCCCUACUAACGGGUCAAAACAAUACGGAUCUGGAAGUCCGUGGUCGUACUCUAUUUGAGAGUCUACAGGAGACUCUGGAGGAGAGAGGUCUUCGACUUCAAAUGACAUUUCCGUGGCACAUGUGCCAUUGCUGCUUACGGAGUCGUCGCUCAUGGCUAAAUAACCUAGCUAAACCUACCGGUACUGUUUUUAUUUGUGUGUGUGGGGCAAACAUUGUAUCAUGUUGCGGCUGAUAACGGCGCAUCAGAAACGUCACGUCUUACUUCGGGAGACCCCCCGCCCCCCCUCCUGUCUGACAGGGAUAGUCUCUGCUGUGAGGAUCAUAUGUGAACUGCCAGGUCAGGAGAAUAUCUGAGCUGUCCUCUGGAAAUUAUCUAGAUAUAUUUAGGAGUAUAUAUGUGAAAACGGCUUAAGAAAAGUUUGAUGCACGGACGUAUAAUGAAGUGAGAAGUGAAAUGAACUCUGAGUCUGUCUCUGUAUCAUUUUUAAAUAAAGUUAUAUUUCUGUUAAUGAAA